AUGGUGGGCGCUGGCCGGAGAGCAGCAGCGACGGGUGGGCUGGCCGGAAGCAGGGGACGCAGGGGUGGCGAGCGGUGGUCGAAGGUCGCUGGCCGGGGAAACAAUGACAACGGUGAUGGUGGGGAAGAAGGGAAGCAAGGCAAAGCUGUGGCGGGCUGCGCCAAGGAUCGUUUCUCUGAUACCAAAUGUUCGGUUGCGCACCCCCAAACUAACGGCCAGACUGAAGUAAUGAAUCUGGCAAUUUUGGAGGGCCUCAAAAGGAGGAUCUCGAGCGCGCACGGAGCCUGGGUGGAUGAGCUCCCUAGCGUCUUGUGGGCAAUGCGAACAACUCCCAAAACAGCCUCAGGGGAGCCUCCGUUUAGCCUGGCGUUCAGGACUAAAGCAGUCCUCCCACCCGGGAUGGUGUUCCUGACCCUGUGCACCUCCAAUUACCAACAAGAAGGCUCCGAGGAGGGCCUACGAGCAAACUUAUACCUCCUCGAAGAAAGAAGAGCCAAGGCACACCUGCGUACCCUAGCGUAUAAGAAGGCAAUGGCUCGGAUAUACAAUCAUAAAGUUCGUCCACGACUGAUCAAGGUCAGGGACCUCAUCCUCCGAAAGGCAGAGGUGAGAGACCCGACCCGAGCGAGAGGAAAACUCACGCCUAAUUGGGAAGGCCCCUAUCGAGUCUAUGACAUGGUCUGA